AUGGCACCCUCCGCGACGACAACACCAUGGACGACCGACUUCAGCACCACGCGCCGUCAGCGUCUCUUCAAGUCGCCGCCCAAUGACAAGACAGCCUAUCCCAUGCUGGCCGCCGCCGUGAACCCCCAUAUCAACUCCUUCAACACAAUCUUCGCCCCUGGCGGCCAAAUGGCCCAGGCCAUCAAGGACAUUGGCACCAAGGUCUUCUUGGACGGCGACCCGUAUGCGCCCGGCGUCGACAGCGGAGAGAGGAACAGAUUGUAUGUGCGCAUACAAGGCGUCUUCCUCGACAAGCCUGUUCUCCCCCCCUCCAACAAGCAUGUCCUCAAGAACCGUAACAUCCUGCCCGCCGAGUGCAGAGAGCGGCAUAGCACAUACCGUGGCAAGCUUCGUGUUCGCAUCGAGUACAAGGUCAACAACGGUGACUGGCAGGAGGAGGUGCGCGAGCUAGGCUACGUGCCCAUCAUGCUCAGGUCGAACCGUUGUCAUCUCGAGAAGAUGAGCCCCGCUGAGCUCUUCCAGGCCAAGGAGGAGACCGAGGAGCUGGGAGGCUACUUCAUUGUCAACAGGCGCAAUUAUCCCAUGGCCAUCCAGCGUAAUGCCUUUACCAACCGCGGCCCUGGCUACACGAGUUACGGCAUUCAAAUUCGCUGCGUACGCCCCGAUCAGACCUCCCAGACCAAUGCCCUGCAUUAUCUGAGCGACGGUAACGUCAACUUCAGGUUCUCGUGGAGAAAGGCCGAGUACUUGGUCCCCGUCAUGAUGGUCCUCAAGGCACUCGUCGAGACAAAUGACCGCGACAUCUUUGAGGGAAUCGUCGGCCCUGCCGGGUCCAAGGGGCUGGAGGAGAAGCAGUUCGUGACUGACCGGGUGGAACUACUCCUGCGCACCUACAAAGUCUAUGGUCUGCACUCCCAAGCAAAGACCAGAGCUUAUCUUGGUGAGAAGUUCAAAGUAAUCCUCCAGAUACCCGAGGAUACAAGCGACGAAGAUGCGGGCGUCGAGUUCCUCCGCAGGAUUGUGUUACCCCAUCUGGGUUGCUACAACGUCACCGAAAGCCAGAAUGCAGACAAGUUCAGGAUGCUACUCUUCAUGAUCCGGAAGCUAUACGCACUAGUCGAAGGAGAGUGCGCCGUCGAUAACCCUGACGCCGUCCAGAACCAAGAGGUCCUUCUUGGUGGCCACCUCUACGGUAUGAUUCUCAAAGAAAAGUUGGAUGAGUGGUUACUCUCGUGGCGCCCUGCCCUGCAUGACUGGGGACGUAAGUCAGAUUGGGCACCCUUCACAUCCCAGCAGUUUCAGCGCGACCUCCUCUCAAAAAUCAUCCGGAAGACGAACGAAAAUAUAGGCCAAGCCAUGGUAUAUUUCCUCUCGACCGGGAACCUGGUCAGUCCCACCGGACUGGAUCUUCAACAGACGGCCGGCUUCUGUGUGGUCGCCGAGAAGAUCAACUUCUAUCGAUUCAUCAGUCACUUCCGCAUGGUUCACAGAGGUGCCUUCUUUGCACAGUUGAAGACGACGACAGUACGAAAACUGCUCCCAGAGAGUUGGGGUUUCCUGUGUCCAGUACACACACCCGAUGGAAGUCCUUGUGGGUUACUCAACCAUCUCGCACACAAAUGCGAAAUUGCCACUCAGGCCGUCGACGUCUCCGCAAUCCCAAGGUUGGUUGCGGAAUUGGGUGUAUCCAGUAAGUCUUCCGCAUCCCUCGAUGCGAGUGUGGUCGUACAAUUGGAUGGCCGCGUCUUGGGUUUCUGCACGCCCAAGCAAGCCAAGGUUAUUGGAGAUACUCUCCGGUACUGGAAGGUUGAAGGCACCCAUGGCGUGCCGCUUGAACUGGAGGUGGGAUAUGUUCCAAACUCCAAUGGCGGCCAAUAUCCCGGAGUUUACAUGUUUUCGCAAUCCGCCCGCAUGUACAGACCGGUCAAGUAUCUACCCCUCGACAAGUUGGAUUACGUGGGACCGUUCGAACAACCCUUCAUGUCGAUUGCAUGCACAGAUGCGGAGAUUGUGUCAGGCGACUCUACGCACGUCGAAUACGACCCCACCAACAUCCUCUCCAUCGUAGCGAACAUGACCCCAUUUUCCGAUUUCAAUCAAUCUCCGCGAAACAUGUACCAGUGUCAGAUGGGCAAGCAAUCCAUGGGAACUCCGGGAACCGCCCUGCGAUACCGUACGGACAACAAGACCUACCGCCUCCAGAGUGGACAAACCCCUGUCGUGCGACCGCCGCUCCACAAUGAGUACGGCUUGGACAACUUCCCAAAUGGCACCAACGCUGUUGUGGCUGUGAUCUCGUACACGGGGUACGACAUGGAUGACGCCAUGAUCAUAAACAAGUCCGCACAUGAGCGCGGCUUUGGUCACGGCACCAUCUACAAGACCAAGAUCUGCGACCUACAAGACGGAGCAAAGAGGCCAACCCGAACCGUCUCCAAGCUGUUUGGAUUCGCGCCUAAGGGGAACGUCAAGGCGCAAUGGAGAAGGACCCUCGAUGAUGAUGGGCUCCCUCGCGUCGGUACAGAGGUCCGCUACGGAGACGUAGUUGCCGCUUGGCACAACGUCUCCUAUGAUCCCGCCGCAGGCGAGUACGUCAACCGCGACGGCCAGACCAACUUCUUUAGAUACAAGGAGGAAGAGACGGUGUUUAUUGAGGAAGUUCGCCUCAUGGGCUCAGAGUCCGGCAAUGAGCCGUUGCAGAGGAUAAGCGUCAAGCUCCGAGUUCCUCGCUCCCCCGUCAUCGGAGACAAGUUCUCCUCUCGACACGGUCAAAAGGGUGUCAUGUCCCAGAAAUGGCCGGCCGUGGAUAUGCCGUUCUCCGAGAGCGGCAUCCAACCCGACGUCAUCAUCAAUCCCCACGCAUUCCCGUCUCGUAUGACCAUCGGCAUGUUUGUCGAGUCGCUGGCAGGCAAAGCCGGUGCACUCCACGGCAUCGCCCAGGACUCGACGCCCUUCCGCUUCGACGAGAAGAACACGGCCGUCGAUUACUUUGGGCACCAGCUCAUGAAAGCGGGAUACAACUACUACGGCAACGAGCCCAUGUACAGCGGCAUCACGGGCCAGGAGCUCGCCGCCGACAUCUACAUCGGCGUCGUCUACUACCAGCGCCUGCGUCACAUGGUCAACGACAAGUACCAAGUGCGCACCACGGGUCCGGUCAACCAGCUCACGGGUCAGCCCAUCAAGGGCAGGAAGAAGGGCGGUGGUAUUCGUGUCGGAGAGAUGGAGCGCGAUGCUCUGCUCGCUCACGGGACGGCGUUCCUGCUGCAGGAUCGGCUGAUGAAUUGCUCGGAUUAUACGAAGGUGGCGAUUUGCAGGGCGUGCGGCAGCUUCUUGACCACAGCGCCGACGGUGGGUGAAUUUGAUAAGAAGAGGAAGGGCACCAGUAAGGUGAGGUGUAGGAGGUGUGCGAAGCUGGCGGAGGGCAUGGAGAGUAGGAACGAGGUGUGGAUGGACGCGCAGGGAAUCAGAUACGUGGGCGGUGACGAUGUAGCUGUGGUGGCGGUGCCGGGGGUGUUGAAGUAUCUGGAUGUCGAGUUGGCGAGCAUGGGUGUCCGGUUGAAGUUCAAGGUGGAGCCGUAG